GUAUGGAAGAUAGUUAUCUAAAAACAGCUAUCUGAUCUGCUUCCUAGAAGAGAAAUGAAAGAAAGUAGACAAAAAGAGCUCAAGAAUUCUGUUUCAAAAAGUUUAUUUAAAUGAAUUUGAAAUUUAAAGGCGAUAAGCUUAAAAGUUCGUUGUCGACGCCAAUUAAAAUAAUGUUCAUGAAUUAAGAUUUGAUUUCAAUGGGUCAAGGCAACAUCUUCUAUCAUCUUCAUUCUGGAAAUUAUACAAACCUCUUAGAAUUACCUCACCUGAACAGUAUUUUCGUUAUUGGAAACAGGAACGCAAUAUUUCGCUUGAAUCCAGAAAAUCUUCGACUGAUGGCUAGUUUUGAGUUGCCAUCAAAACCAAUAACAUCAUUCUGUAUGGCGAAUACAAAAACUCCAUGCAUCGAAACACCGGAAUUUAAUUUGUUACUACAAACUCAUGAUAAACAAAAUAUUUGGUAUUGUUAUCUUUAUCAAACAGUCUAUAUGAAUCAAAAUGUUAUUCCAAAUGUACAAUCUGCAAGAUGUGAAAUACCUUCACCGCUUAAUUUAGAACCUGAAUCUCGUUUAGUUCAAUGGGAGAAUUCUGUAUACUCAUCACUUGAUAUAAAUCGUCCAGGUGUAAGUCUAAUGGGUAGUGAUGGUUUCUUGUAUAGCUCUGGUUGGUUUCAUGGAGCAAUGCGAAUACAUCGUUCGAGAUUACCAAAUUUUGAUGGGAAAGCUAAUUGGAAUCAAUUCUUGGCUACUCCACCAGAUGAUGUCUUUUUAAAAGAAUCAACUCAUUUCAUCUGUGCAUUUGAAACAUCGGAUUCUGCUUAUUUCUUAAUUCGUGAAUUAAAAUCACCAACAUGUGAAGCUAGAAUUCAUAAUCGUUUCGUACAAACAUCUAGCUCUUUUGUUGAUACUGAUAACGUUCAAUUUUCCUCUUCUUUAUCUUCAUCCUCAUCAUCAUUUUCAAAGUCUUCAAUAAAGACAACAAUACUAUCGUCAAUCACUGAAACACCAGUUACACGCCUAAUAAGAAUAUGUAAAAGGGAUCCAGGUGGAUAUCAAUAUGUGAAUGAAGGUGAAUUUGUUACUUUAACAGAAAAUAAAAAGGAACUGUUUACUGAUCCGUUACUGACUGAAUUUUCUUAUGGAUAUUCAAUAUCUGGCAAAUGGGAUUCUUUGGAUAACAAAUUAUAUGUUAGCUAUCAAACUGGCAUGAAAUAUCCUACUGGUGAUGCACUUUGUGUUUAUGCAUUAAAUGACAUAGAAGAUGCAUUCAAUAGUCAAUUAGCACCAAAUGAAAAUUUGGGCAAAACUCAAAUAUUGCCAAAUACUUUUGAAAAUAUGUGUAAAAAUUUGGAUUCUGGUCAGCUGACAGAAUCAAAUAUAGAUAAAAUACGUCAACUACCAAGAACACAUCUAUUACGUGUUAAACAUGUGAAUCCAAUUGAUAAUCGUCCAUUAAUUAUUCGUCCUGUCCCAGGAUUACCAUUUAAACAAAACAGUCAUCAAUUAGGCUGGUAUCAUAUAGAAAUUGAUCAUAACGACAAGAAUGUUAUCUUAUAUUUAGCUGGUAAACAACGUAUUGAGCGUUAUGCAUUAUUUAAUUUAUCUACGGAUGAUACCAUGGAGAUAUGUCCUUGGGAUCAAUUGACGAUUGAAGAUUUUGGUAUAGAAAAUGAAAUUAUUACAGGUAUUUAUAUGAAACAUAUCAAACCAAGUAAAGAAUUUUAUAUAUUAACAAGUAAACAUGUCAUUCAAUUACCAAAAUCGAUUCAAUUAUGUGAAACAAUUAAAACAUCAAGUGAAUGUAUCAAUAUAAAUAGAAUUUCAUGUAAAUGGAAUAAUUUAUUAAAUAAAUGUGAAAUAAAUUAUAAAACAUCAAUAAAUUAUGAAAAUAUAAUAAAAACUAAUUUUUAUAAAAAGAAAAAUGAUCAAAAUCAAAAUAAUAAAAUUUUAUUCAAUAAUAUUUUUUCAAAAUUUUCUACAUUCAAUCCAAAUUUUUGUUUAUUUGAUAAAAAUAAAUUUCAAAAAAAUAUAAAUGAUCAAUUAAUUAAUUAUUGGUGGAAACAUCUUCAAGGUCAUUUGCAACAACAACAGCAACAAAAUGAAUUAAUUCAAAAUAUUCAAUCACCAAUUAUAUGUAUGACAUCGAUAUGGUCACCUUUAUUAAAUCAAUAUCAGAAUCUUACUUGUCAUUGUCAACCAUGUACUGAUUGUACAAAUGAUGAAUUAUAUAGAAUGAAAGUUAUGAAUUGUUAUUUUCAACCAUCAUGGUCAUUCUGGUCACCAUGGUCUUCUUGUUCAUCAGACUGUGGUCAUGGGAUACGCACACGUAUGCGACGGUGUGAUAGUCCACAACCUGUAGAAAUGAAGAUUAAAAAUCAAAAUACUAAGAAACUGAUUGGAUGUAAACAUAGUUACGACAUUCCAGUCGAUGAAAAUUCUUAUCCACCUGAAGUUGAAUUGCAACUUGAGCAUUGUCAACAGACUAAUAAAGUUUGCAAUCAUAAAGUUUCUUCACCAAUCCUCUCUAAAGAGCAAACAUAUCAUUUAGGUGAAACUUUUCUAAAAUGGAAUGAUUGGAAGGAUUGUUCUACUAAAUGUGGGAUUGGUAUAAAAACACGUAAUUUAAUUUGUUCAACAAUUAUCAACAAAUGGGAUCAAAGUGAUACUUCACAAUGUUCUAUUGUGAAUUCUGAAACAAUUGAUACAAGGAUUUGUGAGAAUUUCACAUGUCAACAAGAAAUUGUUCACUCAGAAUGGACACCUUGGUUAAAAGUAUUGCCUAAUAAUCCACGUAUAUUAAAGUAUACAACAAUACCUGGUCAAUUAAAUUCACAAGUAUAUUAUGAACAACGUCUUCGUCAUUCAUGUAGUGUACCAUUUGAAAAAGCUAAUGAUUUACAAAUAGUUAGAACACAAAUCGUUGAAAGAAAAUGUUUCAGUAUUGAUCAAAAGUGUUCUAGUGUAUCAAACAUAAUAAACAGUCAAACUGAUGAAGAAAAUAGAAUUGUUUCUGAAACAACUGAAAGAUCUUCUAACUCAGUCUGGUCACCAUGGAGCGAAUGGUCUGAAUGUAAUCAAAAUUGUAUUCCGUUAGAAAGUAUUUCGCCAGCUGAUCAACUAGAUAAACAACAGACAAAAUUUUCCAGUACCAUCCUUUAUACCUCGAAUCAAUAUCAAAUUCGUACACGUAAAUGCUUAUCUAGUGCGUGUUCACAAAAUAAUCGUUUAGAUGCUGUUAUUGAUUUACGCAGAUGUCCUUCCAAACCAGCAUGUAAAAGUGGUUGGUCAUGCUGGUCUGAUUGGUCAGAUUGUUUCUCGAUGAAACAUCAUAAAAGGAGCCUCAAGUCUCCAUGUAAUUGGCGUGAUGAUGGGAAAUCAACACGUACACGAACUUGUAUACUAACACCAUAUGAUCAAAAUCCGGAGAAACAGAAAGUAAUUUGUAGUGGAUAUGAACAAAUGAAAAAGCAAUGUAUUUGGUUUGGUGGUGAUCAAACAGAGUGUUCUGAGUUUAAUUUAACCGACAUAUAUUCCGAUAUUCCAAUUGAUAUAACCACAAAUUAUCAUAAAACUUCAGUUUGGAGUAGUUGGUCCACUUGGUCAUCAUGUGGAUUGAUACAAACACAAACUAGUGGAAAUGAACUUCAAUUUUCCGAAAAUUCAUUGGACCCAACAAAUCCACACCUACUUGCUGUCCGAAGAAGAGAAUGUCAGUUAAUUAAUAUUGACAAUAGUGAAUUAUAUGCAGUGGAUAGUCACAGAACAGUUUGUUCUGGUUCAUGGAAUCAAAUGAAAACUUGUCCUAAUAUGGCACUGAAUAUUGCAGGAGUGUUUGGUCAUAUGAACAGAAAAAGGAUAAAAAAUAAAUUCACAACUCUUCAUAUAAUCUUAAUUGGUCUGCUGAGUUUUGUCGCCGGGAUAUUAGUGGCUGGUGUGGGAAUAAUUAUUUACCAUAGAGAAUGUCACAAACGAUAUUUGACUAGAAAUAUUAAUGGUAAUAAUAAAAAUAACAGUAUCAGUAAGUUAAAAAGUGGAUUAGUUCUUGAAGAUGAUAUAAAUAACCUACAUCCUAAUCAUUUGAACUUUUCACCGCCACCUCAGCCAAUUCUAACUUUGCCUAUACCAAACAUUGUAACAUCAUCUAUAAAUGAGAAUUCACUAAAUUGUGGGUACCGAAAAGCUAAUAGUAUUGUUUACGAUUCGGUAGCUUCACAAGAUGGUGUUACGUAUUUAGAGCCAAAUAUCGAUUAUCAGCAAAAGUCCAACAAUGAUAAACCGAACGCAUAUAGUAGAUUUAAUUAUAUACCUGAUUCACGUUCAAAAGAUGAAGCAUUUAAUAGAAGAGAAACAACAACUGCGGCCAAUAAAGUAGAUGGUAUGUUGAGAAACGAUGGAUUUUGGAGUUAUCCACGUUCAGGUCGAGUUAUAACACCGUCAAACCCACUGAAUUUUUAUGAAGACAAUGUUUCUAACUUACCUACUCAAUAUUAUCAUGAUACAAUUGGUUAUCAACUUCGUCAUCAUCAGCAAUACCAUAAUUCCUAUCCGGCUUCACAAUUUUAUAGUACAGACAUUGGUCAUUUGCUGCAAUCAAAAGAUAAUCAUGAUGACUACGGUAAAUAUCUAGACAAUUCUCUAUCCCCAUCACCUUCAGGUUAUAAACCGAGUGGAAUUUUCAAACGAAUAAACAUCGAUACGGUACAACAAUAUUCACAGUCUCCUAUAUUAAUUCCUCAAAAUCAUCCUAAAUACCGAAGGAAAUCUCAGAUUCAUAAUCAAACUAUAAGUACAAUAUCAACACAAUUAGAACCAUGGUAUGCCUCAGCUGCUAUCAGUUUACCAAACAGUAGUGGUAAUAGUAAUAGCAAUCGUCGAUUAAUGUCGGAUUAUGGCACAUCACCAAUGGAUAUGACGAAUACACAUCAAUAUCGUCAUGAACAUGUCGUCAGUCAUGAUGAAAAUAAUGAUAACCACCAUGAGGAAAGCUUUCGAUUCCCGCCCAAAAUGCCGAUCCUAUCUGAAAGGCAUAAAUUAUAUGAUGUCAACUCACAGUCUAGAUUGAUACCAUCGUUGUCAGUAUAUUCACAUCAUUCUUAUAGCUCAAACUUUUUAGAUGCCGAUAAUCGAUCAUCUGUAUGGAGUGGAGGAGAAUCAAUUCCCUUCGAAAGACCAUCUAAUCCACACUUAAGAGAACCAAAUGAAUUUUUUGAGCAACAGUCACCUUCAUCACAACUACUUCCCUCCCAAACACGCCCGCCUCACAUUACAUCGGAAGAAAUUCCUUCCUCUGUACCGGUAACAACUUAUUGUAUAACACCAUGAACUUUGGAGCAUGGUGAUGUUUAUUUUUUUAAUGACUAUUUUUAGGCUAACAGACAAAACAUUAGGCUUUUAUUUUAAUUUUUCCUAAAUUUUCUUCUUCCCCCAUACCUUUAAGUCUAAAUAACAUUAAACAUAAUACUGUGUACUUAUAGCAUGAGUAGUUAUUUGUAUUUGUGAAAGGUUGUAAACAUUGAAUUGUGCAUAGAUUUAUACGGUUAUGCAUAAUUUGUAUUUAGUUAUGAUAAACACAAAGUUUAGUUCGUGAAAUAAUAUUAGAUAAUUCAUGUUCUUUAG